UUUGCGUGAGACUUUGAAGAAGGCGACUACCAUCCUUCAAGUAAAACUACUGAAGCCCUCGCCCAUAUUAACCGCGUCUCUUGCAGACCAACCAUGUCCUCCCGCAUCGAGCUCCUCAAUGCUGGCCUUCUUCGCAGCGAUGGUCGUAGACCUUAUGAGUUGCGUACAAUGUCCAUCAACUUCGGAGCACAAGGAACCGCAGAUGGUAGCGUCACCUAUACACACGGCCUGACCGAAGUCCGUGUCUCAGUCCUCGGCCCGCAUGAAGCAAAAGCAGGCAGCAGACGCGAGACAUUUCACGAUCGCGCAACACUAAACGUCGAAGUCCAGCUCGCUCCUUUUGGCGUUGGCGAACGACGGAGAAGAGGCAGAGGUGACAAACGCCUCCUCGAACUCGCCGCAACAAUCAAAAGCACGUUUGAACCCGUCGUCCAAACGCAUCUCUACCCCCGCAGUACAAUUGACAUCUUUAUCCACGUCCUCCAACUCGAUGGCGGGCUCCUCCCCGCAUGUAUAAAUGGCUCCACCCUCGCUCUUGCCACCGCGGGCAUCCCCCUCUUCGACUUCGUCUGCGCCAUCUCCGGAGGUGUGCACGGCACCCAACCCCUACUCGAUCUCACAACAGUUGAAGAAAAUGAUGUGCCUAGCGUGGUAGUGGGCGUGAUGCCUCGCUCGGGAAGGGUGACGCUUGUGCAGAUGGAGACGAGGUUGCAUAUGGAUCGGUUUGAGGAGGUGUUUAGGGUUGCGUGCGAUGCUGGCAAGGUGCUUUGGAGUGAGAUGAGGGACGCUUUGAGGGAAAGGACUGGUGAUUUGGUGGACAAGCUUGACGCUGGACCGGGGAUGGUUGUGGUGAAAGAGGCUGAGGAGACGUAGGUGAGUGACUUGGAUGAAGUGUAGAACGUCGUUUUCCUGUUUAUGCAGGCAAGGACGCCCACUAUCCUAGCAGGCAGCCCAUCGUGUCGGUUAUGAAAUCGUAGCCAUUGAUCCACUCGAGUGCUAAUAUGUACAUUGUAGUCUACCAAAACAGUUACACAUCGGCGGUUUCGACAUUUU